UGUGCGGGUCUCCCCUCCCUCGCUCUCUCGCUCCCUCCCUCCCCACUCGAAACAAAACACCGAAUUAGCUCAAGGAGAAGGCGUCAGGGCACCGCCAGAGGCAGUCGAUCGGGUUUCUUCCGCAACUUGGAGGGAGAGACAGAGAAAAUCAACAAGAUUUUUCAAGUGAAAUGUGAAGCGACUUCAGAGCAAAGCAGGAGCGUCCUCAUUCUGGGUUAAAAUCUGCCCCUUUAAGCCCCACUCCUCCUGUGUUCUGUGUGGGGCGGGUAACGUGUGUUUAUUUAAGGUGCCUGGGUGCUGCAAUGUUGGAUGGAAGUGGGUACCGUGUGACACCCCAGGGCUUGCUGUACAAGGACCUGUCGCAUUUUGUCAACGCGGAUGGCAAUUACAUUUUCUGCAGAUACUGGGAGCCUUCAGAGCCGCCCAGGGCUUUAGUGAUGAUCAUACACGGUGCAGGAGAACACAGUGGACGCUAUGCAGAAGUUGUUUCAAUGCUAACAAAGCAAUCCCUGUUUGUAUUUUCACAUGAUCACAUUGGCCAUGGGCAGAGUGAAGGCAAGCGCAUGGUUGCAUCCGAUUUCAGAAUCUAUGUCCGGGACUGCCUGCAACAUCUUGAUCUGAUGAAGGACCGCCACCCAGGCAUGCAGAUCUUCCUGUUUGCACAUUCCAUGGGUGGAUUGAUGGCAAUCUACAUUGUGCAUGAGAGACCAGAGGACAUUGCUGGCGUGAUCUUUGUUGCACCAUUGAUAAUUUUGAAUCCCGAAGCUGCUACACCUCUAAAGGUAUUUUGUGCCAGAGUUUUGGACUACUUCUUGCCAAAUGUAGCUUUGGGAUAUAUGGAUCCACACUCUCUGUCAAGAGAUGAAAAGGAGGUGAAAGACUACGUUGAUGACCCUCUCAACUACCACGGGCCGGUGAGGGUGCGAUUCGCUACCAUGCUGUUAAAUGCGGUGAGCGCUGUUGAGAAGAUGUUGCCCACUAUAACAACCCGGAUACUGCUUUUACAUGGCAAUGCAGACAAACUGUGUGACAUCAGUGGCUCCUACCUCUUCUACGAAAUCACAGCCAGCUCAGACAAGACACUGAAGGUCUUUGAGGGGUCUUUCCAUCAACUUCACAAGGAACUGGCAGAAGUCACUGAGGAAAUGUUUGAAUUGAUUGAAAAGUGGCUCAGUGAGAGACUAUCCCCAGUAAAAACAUGAGCGAGGUGUGAAAAUGCGAGAGUUUACUAAUAUUAUUUAUACAGGGACUGAAUGGGAGGAUGGGUGGGAGGGG